AUGCUUGCUUAUUUGUUGGCUCUUUUUUUGUAUCUCUCAACCCCCCCCCCAUCACCCCAUGACUCGCUCCUUUCUUUUAAUCCUUUUAUAAACUUUUCCCCCCUCCUCUCUCCCCCCCCCCCCCCCCCCCACUCCAGGCGUUUAAAUUCCGGAAAGCUGCAGGAUCACAGUAUAGCGGAGGGCAGCAAGUUAACCCUCGUCCCCACCGUGGAGGCUGGACUCAUGUCUCAGGCUUCCCGGCCAGAGCAGUCAGUGAUGCAGGCACUGGAGAGCUUAACAGAAACUCAGGUCAAUGACUUCCUAUCGGGACGGUCGCCUUUGACUCUGGCUCUGCGUGUGGGCGAUCAUAUGAUGUUCGUGCAGCUGCAGUUAUCGGCCCAGCAGGCGGGGGGGCAACUGCAGCACCGACACGUGAUCGCCAGUGGCGGGGGAGGGGGAGGAGGCGGGGGGCCGCGGACCUCCUACCACAGGCCCGGCCCCGGGCCGGCCUCGAACUGUAGCCACACGCCGGCCUGCCCCAGGCCUCCCCCCGCAACCUCCCACCCCCCCACCCCGACCCCCAGCCCCAACCCAGGCACCCCGACCUCGCUCACCGCCGGCUCCUUCACUUCGCACGGAGCCCGGACGCCAACACCGAACCCCGGCCAAGAUGUAGCCUCUUCCUCCUGCGCUGAGGGAGAAUGUAGCACGAAAACUCCGGCUGCCGCUGGCACCGCGACCAACAGCAAGAGUCGCAAACCGGGCGCCAUCAUCGAGAGCUUCGUCAACCACGCCCCCGGGGUCUUCUCCGGAACCUUCUCAGGCACUUUGCACCCGAACUGCCAGGACAGCACUGGGCGUCCCCGGCGAGACAUCACCACCAUCCUGCAGAUCCUCAACGACUUGCUGAGCGCCACCCGGCACUACCAGGGGAUGCCACAGUCCCUCACCCAACUGCGCUGCCAGAGCCAGUGUGCCAACAACGCCAACCACGCCAGCGCCUCGCCCGCCCCGGCCCCCUCGCCCUCGCCCGCCGCACACGCCUGCUUCACCAAAACUACCUCGGAGGAGCCAGGGAAGCCCCCGCUCCACUCCCUCGUCCAGUGUCAGAGCCACAUCCGCAUGUGCCGAUCACACGGUGACCGGCUGAGGCAGACGGAGAACAGAGCCACACGCUGUAAGGUGGAGCGUUUGCAGCUCUUGAUGCAGCAGAAGAAGUUGCGGAGGAAGGCGCGGCGAGAUGCCAGGGGGCCGUACCAGUGGCUGCCCAACCGCAAAGCCAACCGCACCAACAGCAGCUCCAGUCUGUCCAGCGACAGCAGCUUGGACUUGGACUAUGAGGAUUCCCUGUGGAAACCGGAGGUCAAGGCCGACCUCAAGUCCGGCUUCGUGGUGGCCUAGAGCGAGCGAGAGAGAGAGAGAGAGAGAGAGACACUCGUUACCGGACACAUCGGCGGAUACAGAGGGCAGGGGAGGGGGAGCCUGAGCCUCAGCCCAGCAGGACUUCGUUCGAACCUUUUUUUUUGUUUGGGGCGAGUUGGGGAGCAGGGGGGUGUGGGGCGGGUGGGGGGGUGGGGGGGGGCAAGAGAAAGACGGAAGAGGGGAGGGGAAAACAAGACAACCCCGAGUGCGAAUGCCUGGGAGAAA